AUGGCUGCCAAGGUCAGCAAAGACUCCAGCAUAGUCAUUGUUGGUGGCGGCACGUGGGCGUGCUCAACAGCACUGCACCUCGUGCGCCGCGGCUACUCCAACGUUACUGUGCUGGACGCUCAUCCUAUUCCAUCAAGCAUAUCUGCUGGAAAUGAUGUGAAUAAGAUUGCUGAGUUAGCGUCUCCCACAGAUGGUGAUGAUGCCGAGUCCGUCGCGCAAGCUGCGGCGGCGGCAGCCGCCCAGGGUUGGCUUCACGACCCUGUUUUCGCCCCAUACUAUCACGACACCGGAUUCAUCGUGUCAGGAUCCAGCCCGGAGGCACUGAAGCACAUCGUUGACUCCGAGCUUCGGGGCCACGAGAAGGAAUACACAAAGCUCAACUCGGCAGACGAUUUUCGAGCUUGCAUGCCAAAUGGCGUUCUGACAGGCGACUUUCCAAACUGGCAAGGCUGGCACAAGUCUAAGGGCGCCGGAUGGGUUCACGCUCGGAAGGCGCUCGUCUCGGCCUACAAGGAAGCGGAGCGACUGGGCGCCAGAUUCAUCACCGGCUCGCCGCAAGGCGAGGUUAUUGGUCUUGUUCAAGAAGGCGGAGAUGUUCGUGGAGCGAAGACCGCUGAUGGCUACGAACACAGGGCCGACCGAACGAUAUUGGCCGUCGGUGCUUCCGCGCCUCAGUUUGUCGACUUUGAGAACCAGCUGCGCCCAACCGCCUGGACAUUAGGGCACAUUAAGAUGACUGAGGAAGAAGCGCAACUCUACAAGAAUCUGCCAGUACUGUUCAACGUUGAGAAGGGAUUCUUCAUGGAACCCGACGAGGACAGGCACGAGCUCAAGAUCUGCGACGAGCAUCCCGGGUACUGCAACUGGGUGACAUUGCCGGACUCAAAGCUGCCCGAGUCAGUUCCAUUCGCAAAGCAUCAAGUACCGAUCGAGUCGGAGCAGAGGAUCAAGCAGUUCCUGUCGGAAAUCAUGCCGCACCUGGCAGAUCGACCACUGGUCCAUGCGCGCAUCUGCUGGUGCGCCGACACUCACGACAGAGGCUUCCUCAUCACCUACCACCCGUCUCAUCCGUCUCUCGUGAUUGCCGCCGGCGAUUCUGGUCACGGAUUUGCGCAUAUCCCCUCCAUUGGAGGCUUCAUCUCUGAUUGCCUCGAGGGUCGGCUGGAGGGGCGAUUUGCUAGACACUGGCGCUGGCGUCCCGAGAUUGCCCAAGGCUUCUGGGGCAAGGAUCCUUUGGAUAGUGCAGUGCUUUUGGCAACGUCCAUCUUGCGCCCUGUGGCGGCCAAGGAGCAGCCCCUCGAUGGCAUCAAAGGGCUGGCCGAUCGCUUGUUGAGUGGGCAAGGCGACGCAUUCGAAUUCGAAUUGACGGAGCAGCACGACAACUGGUCGCGCUGGAACCACCCUUCCAAUGACAACUACACCGUGUCGGCUGGCCAUGACGGCAAGAUCCACGUCCAGGGUACGACCUUGAGCGCCUUGGCGAGAGGACUGCGGCAUUAUGCUACCGAAACCCUUCACUUGGAUGAGUUCUGGUUUGUCGACAGCAAUAGGAAACUCUCUGCACCGCUCCCGCAGCCAAAGGCCACCCUAACUGGGGCCAGCAUUGUGCCGUGGCGAUACAACUUUAACACGGUCACAUUCUCCUACACCUUUGCCUGGUACAAAUGGGAAGACUGGGAGAAGCUACUCGAUUGGGCCGCAUGGCGAGGCGUCAACCUGCAACUUGCCUGGGUCGGUUACGAAAAGAUAUUUCUCGAUAGUUUCCGCGACCUCGGUAUGAAGGACGACGAAAUCCUUCCCUUCUUCAGUGGGCCUGCCUUCCAGGCUUGGAACCGGUUCGGCAACACCAAAGGCUCCUGGGGCGGCGUCGGCGACCUCCCCCUCGCCUGGAUCGAGUCGCAGUUCGACAUGCAAAAGAAGAUUGUCGCCAGAAUGGUCGAACUCGGCAUGGUACCCGUUCUGCCGGCGUUCCCAGGAUUCGUGCCUGAUGCCAUCAAGCGUGUCCGCCCAAACGCCAAUGUCACGAAGGCGCCAAACUGGUCUGGUGUGGGACAGUGGAGCGAGGACCUCUUCUUGAGUCCACUCGACGACACGUAUGCUGAGCUGCAGCACUUAUUCGUGACAAAACAAAUCGAAGCAUUCGGCAAUGUCACGAACAUCUAUACCCUUGAUCAGUUUAACGAGAUGAUGCCCGCGUCUGGAGACACGGAGUACCUGAAAAGUGCUGCUGAACAGACAUACAAGGGACUGACUGCAGCCAAUCCUGCGGCGAUCUGGCUCAUGCAGGGCUGGCUGUUUUACAAUGCAGCAUCUUUCUGGACCCAGGAGCGCAUCGACGCAUACCUCGGCGGCGUCAAGGACGACAACAGCAUGAUCAUCCUAGACCUCUACUCGGAGAACAAUCCCCAGUGGCAAAGGACAAAGAGCUACUCCGGCAAGCCGUGGAUUUGGUGCGAACUGCAUGACUUUGGUGGAAACAUGAACUUGUUCGGCCAAAUUACGAACAUCACCGUUACUCCGAUUGAGGCAUUGGGCGCUUCGGACUCACUUGUCGGAUUUGGUCUGACGCCGGAGGCCUUUGAGGGCAACGAGGUUGUGUACGAUUUGCUUCUGGACCAGGCGUGGUCCCCGAAGGCUAUUGACACGAAGGCAUACUUCCAUGACUGGGUGUCAUCACGAUAUGGCGGUGUCUCAUCCAUUCCUUGCAGCUUGUACCAGGCUUGGGAAAUUAUGCGACGGCAUGUAUACGACUCCAAGGAUCCUUUGAUCCCCAGUGCCGGCGCGGGUAUAUACCAGCUUGCACCGAGCCUGACUGGCCUCGUCAAUCGCACUGGACACUUCCCUGCCCCGACCGCCCUCCAGUACGACCCAAGGGUGCUAAGACAGGCACUCACCUUGAUGCUCAAGGCAUCAGCACAAAAGUUGUCUCUUUGGGAAAUGCCUGCCUUCCAGCUCGACCUAGUCGACGUCACAAGACAGGUCAUGAGCAACGCCUUCAUCGACGUCUACCAGGACCUCGUCAAAACUUACAACAGCACAAUGCAGGGUGCUCCGAGGUCGCGCUCUAACAGGCCUUCCGAUCCAUCUCGCGCCGUAGCCGCCAAGGGCCAAAAGCUGCUCCUCUUCAUCGAAGCUAUUGACGCUGUGCUCGCCACCAACGAGCACUUUACCCUCGAAAAGUGGCUCGACGACGCCCAAUACUGGGCAAAGAAAAGCGGCAACGAUAAGCUCCUGUCGUUCAACGCCCGUAGCCAGGUGACGGUCUGGCUCUGGGAGUCGUCCGGUCUCAAUGACUACUCGGCGCGGGCCUGGAGUGGGGUCACUCGAGACUAUUACAAGACGAGAUGGGCGAUCUUUGUUGAUUGCUUGAAAAACGCGACGAAGACUGGUUCUCUGGAUGAGGGUGCUUUGCACGAUAAGAUCAGAGCUUUUGAGAAGGAGUGGUCGUAUGGUGGGUUCGGCUUGAGCAAGCCUAAGGUCGCCAAGGGCGGUCUGAAGGACACGAUCAGCAAGAUCAAGGGAGAGUGGCCAGAUGUCUUCGAGGUCUAG